AUGCCUCCCAAGCGUCGCGCAUCCGGUCCGCAGGCCAGGCAGGCAACGCUAGCCUUUCAUGGCACCUCCAACCGAGUGACGAAGCCGCGAGGCUCGCCGACGGGCAAGGCAAAGACCACGAACAAGUCCAAGCAGGACCCGAGCUUGUCUGAAUCAAUCACCGAGACGAACUUGAAGGCCGAAGCGGACCCCGAUCCGACCGAGCCCACCACCUCAGAACUUGCCAUCGCUCAGCAGUCGCAGAAGGAGGCCGCAAAGGCAGAAGUCCCGUCCGAGGAGAAGGAAGCGAGUCGCAUCACAGAGGCGCAGAUCAAGAAAUACUGGAAGGAAAAGGAGCGUGUGAGGAAGGCGCCACGGGUACACCAGCAGGACGUCAGCCUCCACGAGAAGGUGCUUCGAGAAUUCGACACGAGCGGAAGGUACGGGCCAUGCAUUGGCAAUGCACGCAUUAAGCGCUGGAAGCGCGCACACCGCCUCGGCCUGAAUCCCCCCCUGGAGGUUCUAGCGGUGCUGCUGAAGGAAGGCAAGGACAACACAAAGGCGCAGCGUGCUCACAUCGACGAACUGCUGGUCUCGCGCUUUGUGGAGACAUGA